AUGUCAUCUACAUAUUUCUUCGUCUUGUUAUUUGUUGUAUUUGUCAACGGUUCACCAUUAAAGGAAACCUGUACAGCUACCGUGUGGGAUUCAGGAACGGGUCCAUGUCGAGCAGCAAUUCAGACUGAUCUUGAAUGUUCAAAUUCAGCAUUGGAUAUUGGUCAAACCAAAUAUGUGACAUGCGACGCAGUUCAAUUUAGUUGGUCCUAUCCAAUGAAUAAUUUGACCAUAACAAUUGGAACUCAAUAUACGUACCAACGAAAACCGUUUACACUCUACCUGGAUAAUAGAGGUCAAACUAUUUAUCGUAUACACGAUGGGGGGCAGGAAACCGAAAUAACAUCGAGAGAUAAGGUGAUUAUUCAAUAUUCCGAUGCAAAUUAUCAAAUUAUAUUAAAAUUUCAAGAAGCCGAUACCAUUGGACCCUAUCUUGGCUUUAUCAAUUACAAAGUAGCUCCGCAGUGA